CAGAUAUGCUUAUAUCUCACUCUCUUAAUCAAUCACCACCAAAAUUUAUCAAGCACAAUCUUGGCUCUCUUCAUUAUUUGUCUUUAUUUUGCAAACCCAGAAUUUCGAAAAGGAAAUUCAGAUAAUGAGUGAAGUUGUUGUUUCAGGUUUUCUUUCCUCAUGUCAACGCAAUUAUUUCGUUUCCAGACCCGACAAUUUCAGCAAUGGAAAAUGGCAAUUGAAGCUCAAGAAACCGGAAUUCCAAUGCCAGGCAAAUACCAAGCCGAAAGCACACAAAUAUUUGGUCACAAACGAGUUAGCAGCUACACAUUCCGCAAGAAUUUUCACUGAUAUUCCUCUAUAUGAGAUUCCCGGGGCUUUGUUCGAUGAGUAUUUGGAUGAUAAACCCAGAAUUUUUAAGGCAAUGUUCCCUGAUAGUAGUAGAAGCCAACAGCUUAAUAAGGAUGAAUGGAGAAUCCAGAUGUUGCCUCUGCAGUUAUUGGUUCUAAACGUCUGGCCAGUAGUGGACUUGAGGCUGAUAUGCAAAUCAGGAGGUAGAGAUUACCCGCCGGAAGUCCCUUGUGAUAUCACGAAAGUUCUCGAGCUCGACAUUACAAGAUGGGAACUCCAAGGGCUUGGUAAUGUUGUUGAUCCAUCUCAUUUCACACUCGACGUGAAAGGAACAUUAUACCCUGAUAGAAGAAGUAGAACCCGGCUCAGGGGUCAUUUAGAGAUGCAUGUAAAUUUCGUCCUUCCUCCUGCACUCGCUUUGAUUCCUGAAAAUGUGCGGAACAGCCUCGGAAAAGGGGUGAUGACAAAGUUGGUUGAGAGCAUGAAGCAGAAAGUAGAUGGUAGCUUGCUUGCGGAUUACAGUAAAUUCAAGAGGGAAAGGUCCGAUAUGCGUGUUUAG